AUGGAUUUUGGAAGGUUUCCGAUAAUCUCAAUCCUGGAAGACAUGCUCGAAGUCCCUGAAGAACAACACAACGAGAAGAACCCAUCAAGAGUCUACGUGAGAGACGCAAAGGCAAUGGCUGCAACACCAGCUGAUGUCAUCGAGCAACCGAACGCUUACGCAUUCGUCGUGGACAUGCCUGGAAUCAAAGGAGAUGAGAUCAAGGUACAGAUCGAGAACGAGAAUGUGCUUGUGGUGAGCGGUGAGAGACAGAGAGAGAACAAGGAGAACGAUGGUGUCAAGUAUGUGAGGAUGGAGAGAAGAAUGGGUAAGUUUAUGAGGAAGUUUCUAUUGCCUGAGAAUGCAGAUUUGGACAAGAUCUCUGCUGUUUGUCAUGAUGGUGUUUUGAAGGUUACUGUCCAGAAACUUCCUCCUCCUGAGCCUAAGAAGCCAAAGACCAUUCAGGUUCAAGUUGCUUGA